CCCAGGCUGGAGUGCAGUGGUGUGAUCCCGGCUCACUGCAACCUCCGCCUCCUGGGUUCAAGCAAUUCUGCCUCAGCCUCCCAAGUAGCUGGGAUUAUAGGCGUGCACCACCAUGCCUGGCUAAUUUUUGUAUUUUUAGUAGAGAUGGAGUUUCACCAUAUUACCCAAGCUGGUCUUGAACUCCUGACCUCAUGAUCCGCCUGCCUCAGCCUCCCAAAGUGCUGGGAUUAUAGGGGUGAGCCACUGUGCCCGGCAAUAAUAAUUUUUUUUUUGUUUCGAGACAGAGUUUUGCUCUUGUUGCCCAGGCUGGAGUGCAAUGGUGCAAUCUCGGCUCAUGGCAACCUCCGCCUCUCAUGUUCAAGCUAUUAUCCUGACUCAGCUGGGAUUACAGGCACCCACCACCACACCUGGCUGAUGUUGGUAUUUUUAGUAGAGACGGGGUUUCUCCAUGUCGGCCAGGCUGGUCUCGAACUCCUGACCUCAGGUGAUCCACCCGCCUUUGGCUCCCAAAGUGCUGGGAUUACAGCCCUGAGCCACCGUGCCCGACAAUAAUAAAAAUUUUUAAAGCAAAACUAAAGAUUUAUAAAUUGUAAAAUGCAGAUGUAACAAGUGACUAUUUACUGUACCAGUAAAUAUGAAAAAUAUUGAUGUGCUCACACACAUGGAGGUGGCUUGUGAGUGGUGUGAGCAUUUCAUGGUCAGAGUUUGGCAGUUGGGCGAGAGACAGGAUGGAUUUUAACUCGAACAUCGCAGACACAAACAAAACCCUGAUGCGGUGCCUGCACCGUUGCCUCCUUUCCUGCAGCUGUAAAUGGGACGAGUAAUUCCAUCCCCCUCCCGCUUCCACCCUUCAGCACAGAUGCAGUCUUCAGCAAGAAAGUGCUGGGAACGCCCUGGAGUGAACCCAGGAAGAUGCCUGCAGUGGGUGCCAGGGCCCCUCCCCACCGUCCCUGCUGGGCUUCGGGGCCACGCCCGACUGCUGUGAACGGCCUGCGGAGCACCACGUGCGACGGCUGGAGGCAAGAGGUCUGCCUUUGAUGUGGCUGUUGGUGCAGGGCCUGUGGUGCCUUCCGCAGCGGAAAUGGCGCGCCGCCCGGGGAGGGCGGGAGUAGCGUCCCGGGUGCCCCUGUGAGGAUGAGCAACGAGAUGACUGGAGGGCCCCCGAAGACCUCACCAGGGUGCCCCCAGCCGGUCCGCUCCCAGGAAGCGACACCCCCGCAGCCCCAGGGCUGCAGCUGAGGGGGUCGCCACUCUGGCUGGGCGAGGCUGGGCCCUUGGGGGCAGGCGCCAGAGUGGCCUCAGGCUCUACGAGAUGCCUGAAAGCACCAACCCCUCCAGGGCUCACUAGCAUUGGACGCUUUCACGCUCUGCCCUGGCCGGAAGCCCCCUCACCCCCCGCGAUGUGCAACUCCUGCAGGGCUCGCUCAGUUUCCAGAACUUUAAUUAUUGGAAAGUUCUCCCUGGUCCAGCCCCCAAAUCUGCCGUGAACGUUGACAGCUGAGUUGCUGCUCCAUGCGUGCUUUGGCUGAGAGCAGAGGGGGCCCCUGUCCUCCCUGAGCUGCUGACGUGGGGAGGGGUGAAGGGUGGGGCCUCUGGAGAGGGCAGGUUCCGGGGAAACUCUGGACUCCUAGAGGGGCGGCCAGGUGGGGGCCCUGGUGACCAGGACAGACUGUGGUAUUUUUUAACGUAAAGGAGAUCCGCGGUGUGAGGGACUCCCUGGGUGCUGCGUGUCGCCUGGUGGCAGGCCGGGCCAUGGUGGGUGCUCACGCCCCCGGCAUGUGCCCGUCAUGUGGCCGCCCUCAGUGGGAGGGGCUCCGAGGACGACUUUUAAAAACGCAGAGAAAAGCUUCAUUCUUCCCAGGACCUCAGCGCAGCCCUGGCCCAGGAAGGCAGGAGACAGAGGCCAGGACGGUCCAGAGGUGUCGAAAUGUCCUGGGGACCUGAGCAGCAGCCACCAGGGAAGAGGCAGGGAGGGAGCUGAGGACCAGGCUUGGUUGUGAGAAUCCCUGAGCCCAGGGGGUUGAUGCCAGGAGGUGUCUGGACUGGCUGGGCCAUGCCUGGGCUGACCUGUCCAGCCAGGGAGAGGGUGUGAGGGCAGAUCUGGGGGUGCCCAGAUGGAAGGAAGCAGGCAUGGGGGACACCCAAGGCCCCCUGGCAGCACCAUGAACUAAGCAGGACACCUGGAGGGGCAGAACUGUGGGGACCUGGAGGCCUCCAACGACCCCUUCCUGCUUCCUGGACAGGACUAUGGCUGUGCAGGGAUCCCAGAGAAGACUCCUGGGCUCCCUCAACUCCACCCCCACAGCCAUCCCCCAGCUGGGGCUGGCUGCCAACCAGACAGGAGCCCGGUGCCUGGAGGUGUCCAUCCCUGACGGGCUCUUCCUCAGCCUGGGGCUGGUGAGCUUGGUGGAGAACGUGCUGGUGGUGGCCACCAUCGCCAAGAACCGGAACCUGCACUCACCCAUGUACUGCUUCAUCUGCUGCCUGGCCCUGUCAGACCUGCUGGUGAGUGGGAGCAACGUGCUAGACACGUUGCUCCUCCUGCUGGAGGCCGGUGCACUGGCGGCCCGGGCUGCGGUGCUGCAGCAGCUGGACAAUGUCAUUGACGUGAUCACUUGCAGCUCCAUGCUGUCCAGCCUCUGCUUCCUGGGCGCCAUCGCCGUGGACCGCUACAUCUCCAUCUUCUACGCACUGCGCUACCGCAGCAUCGUGACCCUGCCACGGGCGCGGCGAGCCGUCGCGGCCAUCUGGGUGGCCAGUGUCCUCUUCAGCACGCUUUUCAUCGCCUACUACGACCACACGGCCGUCCUGCUGUGCCUCGUGGUCUUCUUCCUGGCUAUGCUGGUGCUCAUGGCCGUGCUGUACGUCCACAUGCUGGCCCGGGCCUGCCAGCACGCCCAGGGCAUCGCCCGGCUCCACAAGAGGCAGCGCCCGGUCCACAAGGGCUUUGGCCUUAAAGGCCCUGUCACCCUCACCAUCCUGCUGGGCAUUUUCUUCCUCUGCUGGGGCCCCUUCUUCCUGCAUCUCACACUCAUCGUCCUCUGCCCCGAGCACCCCACGUGCGGCUGCAUCUUCAAGAACUUCAACCUCUUUCUCGCCCUCAUCAUCUGCAAUGCCAUCAUCGACCCCCUCAUCUACGCCUUCCACAGCCAGGAGCUCCGCAGGACGCUCAAGGAGGUGCUGACGUGCUCCUGCUCUCAGGACCUGGCCCUCGUUAGCUGGGAUGUGAAGUCUGUGGGUGGAAGAGUGUGCCAAGAGCUACUCCCACAGCAGCCCCAGGAGAAGGGGCUUUGUGACCAGAAAGCUUCAUCCACAGCCCUGCAGCGGCUCCUGCAAAAGGAGUUCUGGGAAGUCAUCAGUGAUGAGCAUGGCAUCGACCCCAGCGGCAACUACGUGGGCGACUCGGACUUGCAGCUGGAGCGGAUCAGCGUCUACUACAACGAGGCCUCUUCUCACAAGUACGUGCCUCGAGCCAUUCUGGUGGACCUGGAACCCGGAACCAUGGACAGUGUCCGCUCAGGGGCCUUUGGACAUCUCUUCAGGCCUGACAAUUUCAUCUUUGGUCAGAGCGGGGCCGGCAACAACUGGGCCAAGGGUCACUACACGGAGGGGGCGGAGCUGGUGGACUCGGUCCUGGAUGUCGUGCGGAAGGAGUGUGAAAACUGCGACUGCCUGCAGGGCUUCCAGCUCACCCACUCGCUGGGCGGCGGCACGGGCUCCGGCAUGGGCACGCUGCUCAUCAGCAAGGUGCGUGAGGAGUAUCCCGACCGCAUCAUGAACACCUUCAGCGUCGUGCCCUCGCCCAAGGUGUCAGACACGGUGGUGGAGCCCUACAACGCCACGCUGUCCAUCCACCAGCUGGUGGAGAACACGGAUGAGACCUACUGCAUCGACAACGAGGCACUCUACGACAUCUGCUUCCGCACCCUCAAGCUGGCCACGCCCACCUACGGGGACCUCAACCACCUGGUGUCGGCCACCAUGAGCGGAGUCACCACCUCCUUGCGCUUCCCGGGCCAGCUCAACGCCGACCUGCGCAAGCUGGCCGUCAACAUGGUGCCCUUCCCGCGCCUGCACUUCUUCAUGCCCGGCUUCGCCCCCCUCACAGCCCGGGGCAGCCAGCAGUACCGGGCGCUGACCGUGCCCGAGCUCACCCAGCAGAUGUUCGACGCCAAGAACAUGAUGGCCGCCUGCGACCCGCGCCACGGCCGCUACCUGACGGUGGCCACCGUGUUCCGGGGCCGCAUGUCCAUGAAGGAGGUGGACGAGCAGAUGCUGGCCAUCCAGAGCAAGAACAGCAGCUACUUCGUGGAGUGGAUCCCCAACAACGUGAAGGUGGCCGUGUGUGACAUCCCGCCCCGCGGCCUCAAGAUGUCCUCCACCUUCAUCGGGAACAGCACGGCCAUCCAGGAGCUGUUCAAGCGCAUCUCCGAGCAGUUCACGGCCAUGUUCCGGCGCAAGGCCUUCCUGCACUGGUACACGGGCGAGGGCAUGGACGAGAUGGAGUUCACCGAGGCCGAGAGCAACAUGAACGACCUGGUGUCCGAGUACCAGCAGUACCAGGACGCCACGGCCGAGGAGGAGGGCGAGAUGUACGAAGAUGACGAGGAGGAGUCGGAGGCCCAGGGCCCCAAGUGAAGCUGCUCACAGCUGGAGUGAGAGGCAGGUGGCGGCCGGGGCCGAGGCCAGCAGUGUCUAAGCCCCCGGAGCCAUCUCGCUGCCGACACCCUGCUUUCCCCUCGCCCUAGGGCUCCCUUGCCGCCCUCCUGCAGUAUUUAUGGCCUCGUCCUCCCCACCUAGGCCACGUGUGAGCUGCUCCUGUCUCUGUCUUAUUGCAGCUCCAGGCCUGACGUUUUACGGUUUUGUUUUUUACUGGUUUGUGUUUAUAUUUUCGGGGGUACUUAAUAAAUCUAUUGCUGUCAGAUACCCUU